GAAGAAAAAAAAAGAGGAGGGAGCAGAGGAGGGAAAGAAAACCUGUCUCUUUGUGUGGGAAGGACCCGGCAGGAAAGUGAUUUUGUGAUUAUUUCAGUUUGCCAGCAAAGCGAGGCGCUCCCCUUCUGACCUGCAGCCACAUCUCGUCUACUCUGCGCCUGUGUAGCCGAACAAACCGAAGCCACAUGAGUGUGCUUCUCAGGCCGCCAAACAGCGACACCCGGGCUUCUCCUGAUGAUGAGAGCUGACGUCAGACUGGUUUCCAUGAAUAUUGAUGUGGAGGAUAGUCUGUUUCAUAGAAGAACAGAAGGAGGCAAGAUGGCUGCCCUUUAGGAUUUGUUAAAGAGAAGCUCCAGACGGUUUAUUGGAAUUUCUACAAAGUGGAGGGACGUAACCAGGAGGACGGACAGAGGGCAGCCCUGUGGAUGGACUCUGAGCAGGCCAGAUGGAAACAGAACAGGCCAGACAUGAGACGGAAGAAAGUCGGAUGUUAGCACAAUUUGGCUCAUCUCACAACAUCUCUCACAAACUCCAGAAUGGAGACCAGUCCUCAGAGGGAGAUUCCCCUGAGAACACUGGGGAUACAAACUGGAAUCAUUACAAGCCCAGUGUAGGUACCAACUCCAUGAAGAGGCACAGGGAGACCUGCAACAGCCCAGCCUCUGUCUAUGGGCUCUUUGACGAAGGACCCACAAUGACAAAUGGAGAUUUGAUGAAUGGAGACUUGAAGAAUGCACUCACUGAGCAGUCCUUACUGGCCCACCAAUCCAAGAAAUUUAAAGUAAAUUCUGAAAUAAAAGGAAAUGAUGACUUAGGCUCCAGUUUGUUGGAUAACUUCCCUGAGAUGACAAAAGCUACAGAAUUUGAAUGCAAUACCCCACAGAUAGAGAAUAAGUCAGACAAAAGAAAUUAUCAGUUUUCUAAUGGAGAGAUUUUUAGUUUACCAAGGAAUAAAGCAGGUCCAAUUCCAAACGGUGCUGUUCCACACCCCUCAACCAUAGAAAGCACUCCAGGUGAUCUAUUAGAGAAAACGUUGUCUCAGUAUUAUCCUGAGCAAGUGUCAAUUGCGCCACAAAAGUCAAGGGCCCAGCUAGAUGAUGUCAAUAAUUCAAGAACAAAUCAACCUCUCAAUGAAGGUGCUCAACCCCCUUCUUUAACCUCAGGGCCCCUAAAUUCAGUUCAAAUUCCUGACUCACAGCAACAGCGACCUGUGGCAUCAAGCAAUGUGGAAGGAGGCAGCAAUUAUAACUCUGUCAACUACAUGAUGAAUGGGUAUUCCAACAAUUUUGAUGCAGACCACCAGCAGCACCAACAACAUCAGCAGCAGCCACCAACAUACCCUAGUAAGGAGAUGAAUUUGGGUCAUCUGCCUGGCAUGAUCCCAUCUAGAAAUUCUGCCAAUGGCUCACAACAACAUCAAAAUGGUCCACAGUGCUAUCAGGAUGAAAAAAAUCCCCAAGGUUUAUAUACGAAAGCCAAGCAGGGGUUUAACCAGGACUCGUUUUUAGAGCAGAAUGCUCCUCUACAGGUAGCAGAGGCAAGGGGAUAUGGGUCCUUUCCUAGGUCUGGGAUGCAAAAGAUAGCUCUAAGUGAGGAAACAGGGGCUAGUCAGAUUCAGAACCAUGGCACUGACAGGGGACAUCAUUAUGGGAUAAAACCGCAGACCUUAAACCAAAAUGGUGGCAACCCACAAAGAGCUGACAGUAUGGGGUCCAGUCUCCAGCAGCCACGUCACGCUGGAUUAGAAAAGGGGAUCGAGAACAUGUCUCAGCAGAGAGCCAACUUAUCAUGCUCAGCUCCCCACCAAAGAGACUGGACGGAGCUGAACUCUUCAAAUUCCCAGCAGCAACCAGCAAAUGGUUCAACAGCCAGGGCACAGGAGCAUGGCAUGUGGAGAUGUUUCCCUGCUAAUCCUCAAACAGAGCAGCAGGCAACUAACACCCAGGUUCACUGCCAGAUGUUGGAGCCAAAUUCAGUGCAAAGAUUCCAGGCACAGGGUGUUUUCACAGAUAGCAGCCACGGUUCCAACAGCUACCAGCAGCAACAGGAGGACAGUCUCCCAGUCCAGACCCACUGUGUCCAGCAUAACACUGCCCCUGAGUGGCAGCAAUCAAAUUCUAAAGCUUCACAAUUGAAGCGACCUGUACCCCAGGACAUGCCUGAGCAGAGAAUCUUCCCCCAAAAUCAGCAAACAGACAGCAACUUCCACACCCAGAUGCAGCCCGAGCACUUAAGUGAAGAUCCUGACCUACAGGAAAUACUAUCACCUGGGUUUUUACCAACAGAGCAACAGCAGCAACAACAGCACUCUACUCUUCAACGCCCCCUUUCCCAACCAACCCAAUUUGAAGGGCAGCAACUCAAGUCCCCUAACUACAGACCUCACAGUCAACCCCAGCCAAGUCAGCAGCAGCUUAAACAGAACCAUUCUCUUAUAAACAGUUCUACUCAAUCCAAUAACCAACAAAUCCAGCACAAUGACCAUGCAACCUUCAGUUACAAUAACACAUCAGAGAUGCAACAGCUACAACAUCAUCAAAGGCAUUAUCCACCGAACUCAGGCACCAGUAACCUCAAGCCGUUUCUAUCACAGCCACCAGACAACAACUGUCACCAGCAUAACCACAUGGACAUCCCACAUACCUCUACACAGUCACAAUCUCACUUACCACAAGGCAUUUUGAACCAACAGGUAUCAACACAGAUGUAUCCUAAAGCUGAACACCAGCUAAAGGUAUCAUGUAAUCAGAUCCAAAGGGGAACUCAACUACCUCUGGGACCCAUGAGUCCCCUUGGAGACCUUCAGAGACAUGCAGCUCUGCGUAUGCAUCUGUUACAAAGGCAAGAACGUCAUGGCCCUCAGAGUCUCAUUGACUCUAAACUUGGCUUAAGACCUGUCAAAAUGGAAAAUGGACCCAGAUUUGAGGUGCCUUGUUCACAGCAGCAAGAUCGGCAAUUACAGAUAAACGAUGCAGGCAUACGUGGAAUGCAAGUGAAGCAGGAGAAUCAACAAUCUGUGUGCGAGCGAAGCAAGAAACCGGGAAGCAUCUUGGCAUCAAUGGAACAAAGCCUCAGGCAGUACCAGCUUUCACCUGUGUUUGAAAAGAAAUCCCUUGUCAUCAAUUCAUCAAAUAAAGUCAAGGUGGAAUCCUCUGGGGCAGUCACAAUCCUGUCAACCAACGCUGACCUGACAGGAGUAGAGUCAUCUGCAGCUUCUUCACCCAAUGUAGCUCUAAAGAAACCCCCUGAUUCUACCCCAAAGAAGGAAAACCUGCUACAAAGCUUUAUGGACUCUCCUAUGAAGCUAUUAGAUACCCCUAUAAAAAAUCUAUUGGAUACCCCUUUGAAAACACAAUAUGAAAUUGCAUCAUGCCACUGUGUUGAACAAAUCAGUGAGAAGGAUGAAGGCCCAUACUACACUCAUUUGGGGUCAGCGCCGAAUGUUGCCAACAUCCGGGAACAAAUGGAGAAAAGGUCUGGGCUAACAGGUCGUGCCAUAAGAAUUGAAAAAGUAAUAUACACAGGCAAGGAAGGGAAAAGUACACAGGGUUGUCCCAUAGCCAAAUGGGUAAUUCGACGAGCCAGUGAAGAAGAAAAGCUACUGGUGUUGGUGCGAGAACGAACUGGUCACACUUGUGACACAGCCUGCAUCAUCGUGGUAAUUCUUGUUUGGGAGGGCAUUCUUCCCAGUCUGGCAGAUCGCCUCUACCUCGAACUCAGUGAAACUCUGAAAAAGCAUGGAGCCCACACUCAGAGACGCUGUUCUCUCAAUGAGGAGAGAACUUGUGCAUGCCAAGGGCUAGAUCAAGAUGCCAGUGGAGCCUCUUUCUCCUUUGGCUGUUCCUGGAGCAUGUACUACAACGGCUGCAAAUUUGCCCGCAGCAAAAUCCCAAGAAAAUUCAAGCUACUAGCGGAUGAUGUGAGAGAGGAGGAGAAAAUAGACCACAACUUUCAGAAUCUGGCAACCUUAUUGGCUCCCUUGUAUAAAACUUUGGCACCAGAAGCAUAUGGAAACCAGGUGGAACAUGAACACAGGGGAACAGAUUGUCGUCUGGGGCUCAAGGAGGGCCGUCCCUUCUCUGGGGUCACUGCUUGUCUGGACUUCUGUGCCCAUGCUCACAGAGAUCUUCACAACAUGCAGGGCGGCAGCACUGUGGUGUGUACAUUAACAAGGGAGGAUAACCGAGAGAUUGGCAAAAUACCAGAGGAUGAGCAGCUUCAUGUACUACCCCUUUAUAAGGCUUCCAACACUGAUGAAUUUGGAAGUGAGGAGGGUCAGCAGGAGAAAGUCAAGUCAGGUGCCAUUCAAGUCCUUAGUGCCUUCCGCCGCCAGGUGCGAAUGCUUGCAGAACCUGCCAAAUCUUGCAGACAGAAAAAGCUGGAUGCUAAGAAGGCAGCUGCCAACAAGAACGCCAUGUUGGACAGCGCUAAUGAUAAGGCAGAGAAGACCCUGAAUGCCAAGUCUAAAGGUGGCACUUAUGAGAAUACCACUCAGAGCACUAUGAUGGCAGGUAUUAUUCCAGGUGCUGUUGGGGCCACUCUGCAGCCAGGUCAACCAACAUACCCCCUUGGGGCCCAUCAUCAGCAACUACAGCAUCAGAGUGUUCUUCCACCUUAUCCUGGCUCAAAAAACACACCCAACUACCCCAGGUUCCCAAACCACCCUGGGUCUUUUCCAAGCACUUCCAGGCCAGGAAGCAUGUAUCCCCCUCAGCGACAAACACCAGCAAGCCCUUACCCUUCCCCGCUCCAUGUACCAAACUCCUACAUUAAUGGAUCAAAUCGUCCAUACCCAGGAUAUCAAUGUAAUGGAGGAAUGCCCCUUGACAAUUACUAUCCAUAUUAUGCCUCUAACCCAAAGCAUCUUGACAUGUAUCGACAACAGCGGCCAGCCCUUUACCCGGAGCAGCAGUAUGGUGUACAUCAACGUUAUGAGGUCAAUUAUCCGCCAAGGUACAGUGAGCCAGCUUUACAGGUCAAUGGUUACAAUACCUGCGGCAUGAGGCCAGUACACCACAUGAGAUCUUUUCCACCGUUUGGUCCUAAUGGAGCAUCAGACCCUCAGUUCAUGGAUCCCCUCUCAAGAGCACACUCAACCCAUGGAGGUCGAGACUAUACAGCUGCUGUGAGCAAUGGCAACCAGAUGGGAGGAUACCCAAAUCCAUACCUUUCUCAGAGCCCUCAAAUCUUACCCCCGGGCAAAGAUCCUUUCCAUAUGCAAAUCAAAACCGAGAUGGUUACGCCCCACCCACAAAUGCUUUCUGCUCAAUUAAGUGGUGGGAGUUUAAACCCUGAAACACAGUCAGGGUUAGGUCUGCAUAAUGGUAUUAAGCCAGAGCCUGGAACACCACCCACAACCCCAAAAAAGCCUGAGAUGUGGUCAGACAAUGAGCACAAUUUCUUGGACCCUGAUAUUGGUGGUGUGGCAGUGGCACCAACACAUGGCUCAGUCCUUAUAGAGUGUGCAAAACGGGAGCUCCAUGCCACAACGCCCGUGAAAAAUCCUGACCGGAACCAUCCAACACGUAUUUCCUUGGUCUUCUACCAGCACAAAAAUAUGAAUGAGGCCAAGCAUGGCUUGGCACUAUGGGAAGCCAAGAUGGCAGAAAAGGCUCGAGAGAAGGAAGAAGAUGCAGAGAGGAAUGGGGGUGAGGGGACACCUAGCAAGAGUAACAAGAAAGGGGUGAAACGAGAGCAUGUGGAGUCAGAAACCACCGGACCGCCUCCUUACAAGCGUUUUAUCCAGGCACUUCUGGAGGGGUCCUUGUCAUGCACAACAAACACCUAUGUCAGUUCCUCUCCGUACGCCUUCACUAAGGUCACGGGGCCUUACAGUCAGUUUGUGUAGUAAAUAUUUAUGAAGAAAAAAUUGAAGGGGGUAUUGAUGACAAAAAGACCACAAGCACCACUGGCCUUUUCCAAACACUCCUUUCUAUCUGCAAUGUUAGUCACAGUGUUGCAUAAAAACCUGUGAUCAGAUGGGAUACACAAUAGAUAAUCUAUUACAUCAGGUCUUUCAACUUUUUAACAAUCAAGCUUUACAUUGUCAACUUUUACAAUUACAUAACAACAAUAAAUCGCUGGUGCUUUCAGUCUGAUACAUAUGGACCUAUUUUUAAUACGAACAAAGUUUCAUUUUUGGGGGCUUUACUUUUCUUACAUUUUGGAGAUGCCAUCUAGGCGAACAACACUGACUUUGUAAAUGACAACAUUCAAGGUGCUAAAAUGAGUUCUUAUAAACAUUUAUUUCUUUUUACAAUAAUGCCUUUACAAUUUUACAACUCACUCUAUGAUUGACCCUCAUAUACUUGCAUCAACAAGACACUGAAAACAUAAUUAUACUGUUAAAUUGUCAGCUUCAAAAUGUUUGGCAAGUCAGUGUUUCUGUAAGCACUUUUAAUAAUGACAGUUAAGUAAUACUGUUAAAUUAUAAGAGCUGGUUUAACUGUAUCUCUACAUAGAGUAAUUCAUUUCUAAGCAUCAGUUAAGUAAUGAAUUUAUGGCAGAGGGUUUUAUGAGCAAUCCGUGAAAAUGUUUUGUGUUCAUGCAAAAACUUUUUAUCAACUAUCAAUAUUUGGUGCUUCUCUCAGUAGGUUCUCUCACUUUCUUAUGUCAUUUAUACUGUAAAUUGAGCCAUUCUAAUGGUUAAUUUUUAACAUUGAGAAAAAAUAACAUCAACAACAUGGUGUUGAUUUUGUUUUUCAAGGCUCACUAUGUUGUUAGCCACUGUUUUAUUGUUCCUUACCUUAGGUUUAAUGAACAAACCUGGACUGUGAAUAUUUCAUGUAGUUAAAUGUCUGUGGUGCUUAGUUUAUGUGCUUUUUAAACACUGAGGAACAUAAAACAGGGUAAGCUCAGCGUCAGUUUCAGGGGGCAGCUGGCUUGCUGUGGGGUCUAUAAUUAUUGCAAUCUAACUGUAAGAUAAACAGAUGAGAUUUGUACAGUAAGUUAAUUUCCCUUUUGGAAUUACUGUUGUUGAUUUUGUGUUGUAAAGAAUGCUAACAGCCUAUUUCAUUUAUUUCUUGGGGUUUCAACUGAUUUCAUAUCAUGAGGUGCUAAACAACCUGCUAGAGAUGUACAAUGUGAGACUCGUUAGGCAAUGAGAAGGCUUUUAAAUAAUGUACAGUACAGACCUGUCAUAUACCUCAAAACUAUUUUGGCAAUAGGAUAAAAGCAUUUUUUUCCUUCUUGUAUUACUUUCAAAGUGUUAAGUACAGCUUUACUUCAGGCCACCAAAAGAUAUAAAAGUUCAUUUCUUACUUUCUGAACAAUCCCAUUGAAAGUAUGACUUGAACUUGGAUCUUUGAUGUUACUGCAAAAUCAGGGACAAUUUUAAUGUCAAUUUCAAUUUUCUUUUACAUCUUAACUGUCUGUAUUCAUCUUGUCAUUUUCUCAUUCAGGUACAUGCCAUUGCAUCCUGAAUCCAAUUGUUGUCUUCUUUACUUUAAACAGACAAAACCUUUGAGAGGAAAAGUAAACAGUCCCUCAAAGUGUACCUUUAUUUUAGCCACUAGAAGGUGGUUAACUUUAAAAGUAGAUUGAACAUAUAUGCACUGAGUUGACUAAAGGGAAAGUAUGAUGACUAAAUAAAAAGCAACGCAUUUGCUUUUGGUAUAAGGCAAGACCAGGGCAGUGAUUUGAGUAGUUGCACAUGUUUGUGCCUGUUUAUCGUUAAAUUUAUUUAUAACCACUAAGUAAUUGUAAAAUGACUUAAUUUCCCCACCUUUUUGAAUGAAUUAAUGCGAUGUAUAAUUGAACAAUUGUCAUGUUGUAGUUACCUUCCCCAACCUACAUAACUUUUUCAGUUUCUGAAAGCACUUCAUUUCUUUUUUGGUAAAAAAAAUAUGUAAUAAAGAACUACAAAACAUUUUAUUUAAACAAAUUGUAAAUGUGUUUAAAAAAAUUAUGUCACAUUGUACAUACCAAGAACCUGUGUUGCAGGAAUACAAUUCAUUCUUUUAUGUUGAUAUAGGUUCUUCUUGUUCUGUAAAUUUGACCCACAGCACCUUUAUCAGCAAUUCUCAUCACAUCUUCAAAUAUCCUUCUGGCUCCUUCAGGUUUAAAGAAUGAUCAUGGUUAGAUAAUCCAGGAAGUCUUUGUAAAUGUGUGCUAACCUUCACAGCUAUGUUUACAGUUAUAGUAACCUCUUCGCUCAGACAUUAGAGGUUCUAGCUCUUUUUUUUUUUUUUUUUAAACUGUCCAGCUUUGUAAGAUAAAUCUACAAAAAAUGUCAAAUGUUGUUGUACAAAACCCAGCAACAGUAGCAGGUUGUGGCUGAGAAAGGAGAGGUAUCUAAGAUAUAGCGGGUUUAAAAGCAUAGCCAUACUUGAAGAUGCUUCAGAGUGUUUCUGAGUGAGUCAACAUUACUUGAAUGACUUUCUGGGCUUAACUAAUGCACUACAUGUGCUCAGCUCAAGAGGUUCAGCUAGCAGUUGAUACAUACUUGGUCUUUGCAGUUGGACACUAAAGGUAUAAAAUAAAAGAUCAACUUUUUCCUGUUAUUUUAUUUUUUAAGGCUUCCCUUGUUCUCCUGAAGUUUGGUUUGCUACAAAAAAAAAGGAAUAAAGGAUGGAUAUUAAUACUGUAAGUAUUGUAAUGUACUGACUGCAGUUUAUUUGAAAGCUGUUUAUUAUAUCAUUCCUGAUAUUGCUGAGAUGUGGGUGUUUUUUUUAAUAAAAUGUAUAUUUAUUUAAAGCAAUUUGA